AGAAGAAGCAGGAGCUCUUUGUGGAGUCUCCCACGUGUGUCUGUGCUAACGCUGUAGGUUAGCAGAGUAAUGUUGUAGUUUUCUUUUCCUUCUUCGACUCUUGGAUGUGUGGAAAUGUCCGGCUUUGAGGAUCUUAAAGCUUUAUUCGGACGGAGGCUGCUCGCUGCGGUUCUCAGAGACCUGAGAGGACGAGAAACCAGAUCUGAAUACGAAGAGGAGCUCCACCGCCAGAGGAAGCUGCUGGAUGUGAUUUUAAUCCCUGAGAUAAAGCUGCACAGAGCAGUGCUUCCUGCAGACGCCCAGCAGCUGUUGGUGAUUAAAGAAGAGAGCCCCCAGGAGGACACUGAGCCCCCACUCGUUAAGGAGGAAGAGGAGGAACUGUGGAUCAGUCAGGAGGGAGAGCAGUUUCAAGGACUGGACGAGGCUGACACCAAGUUCCUCUUCAGUUCUGUCUCUGUGAAGAGUGAAGAUGAUGAAGAGAAACCUCAGUCCUCACAGCUUCAUGAGAGACAAAAUGAAGAGAUGGAAACAGGAGCUGAUGGAGAGGACUGUGGAGGAGCAGAAACAGCCAGGAUCUCAGAUCCAGAGACACAUUUACAACCAGGGACUGAGGUCAAGACUGACGAGAGUUCUGGAGGAGAGACUGAAGACAGUGAUGAUUGGAGGGAGACCGGAGAACAUCAGUCAGGUUCAAAGUCUGCAAAAAACAUUGAAAAUAAGAGUCAGAAAUCACACAGCUGUUCUGUGUGUGGUAAAGCAUUUAACAGAGUACUCCACUUGACAGUACACACAAGAAUUCACACAGGAGAGAAACCCUUUAGCUGCUCUGAGUGCAAUAAAAGUUUCUCCUGCAAAGGAAAUCUGAAAAAACACAUGGGGAUUCACACAGGAGAGAAACCUUUUAGCUGCUCUGAGUGCAGUAAAAAGUUUUCAAGAAAAUAUUCUCUAAUGUUGCAUUUGAUAACCCACUCAGCAGAGAAACCCUUUGGCUGCUCUGUUUGCAAGAAAGGAUUUACACAAAAAGCAGAUAUGGUCAAUCACAUGAGGAUUCACUCAGGAGAGAAACCCUUCAGCUGCUCUGGUUGCAAUAAAAGUUUCUCUUGGAAAGGAUGUCUGAAGAAACACAUAAGGACUCACUCAGGAGGGAAACCCUUCAGCUGCUCUGAGCCUGGUAAAAAAUUUUUUAGCAAGUGUAAUCUAACAAUGCAUAUGAGAACCCACUCAGGAGUAAAACCCUUCAGCUGCUCUGUUUGAAAGAAAAGAUUUGCACGAAAACCAGAUCUCGACAUACAAACAAGGAUUCACACAGGAGAGAAACCCUUUAGCUGCUCUGUUUGCAAGAAAAGAUUUACGCGGAAAACUUAUAUGGACACUCACUUGAGGAUUCACACUGGAGAGAAACCCUUUAGCUGCUCUGCUUGCA